GCGCCGACUGCAGGGUUACCGCGCCCAUUUCGUCGCUCGAUGGCUGCACAAGACUCUUACAACGGACAGGGCAGGUGUUGAGCUUUGCAAAGACGAAAGAGCAGGGUAUCUUGCUCUUUGAGGAAUACUGAGUUUUAAAAUUAGCUGUUUUUGUAUGUUAGUGGACUGUCCUCAAUUCAAGACUAGUGGGUGUGAUUCCCCCCCUACCCCUCCCCUCCCCUCUCAGCCUGGUUGUCAAGCUCCCCAGCCGUAGCCUGCGUUCGGGAAGGGCUGCUCCUCGGAAAACUACACUAGCUGGCUUGGCUAGUUAGUGAGCUAGCGUUGUGGUAUUCGUUGAUGCGUGGAUCGGAGGAAUACAUCGUCUUUUUUCCAGUCAAUGCCAAAACGCAAAUACAGGCGAAAAUUGAAUCAGAGUUAUCUGAAAAUGUAAGAGACACCUUCAGAAGUAGCAGACACACUCAACCCUCAAGGGACUAGUAAGCUGCAACUUCGGGCUGUUUGCCACUGCCCAUUGUUUAUCAUGCAGUCAGCUGACCCCGAUCAGGCGCUUGGAAAGGAGAAGUAAUGAGGGAGAGGAACUCCAUAACUAUCAACAAGUGCCCUGGUAGCUGGAGAAGGUAAUUAAAAAAGCAGAAUAAAAUGAGUGAACUAGACCAGUUACGCCAAGAGGCAGAGCAGCUGAAGAAUCAGAUCAGAGAUGCUAGGAAAGCAUGCGCAGAUGCCACACUAUCACAGAUCACAGCUAGUAUUGACCCCGUCGGCCGAAUCCAGAUGCGAACAAGACGAACACUGCGGGGUCACUUGGCUAAAAUCUAUGCCAUGCACUGGGGAUCAGAUUCAAGGCUCUUGGUCAGUGCUUCUCAAGAUGGCAAACUUAUUAUUUGGGAUAGCUAUACCACAAACAAGGUCCAUGCCAUUCCACUUCGAUCUUCCUGGGUCAUGACUUGUGCAUAUGCACCAUCAGGAAACUAUGUGGCCUGUGGUGGCUUAGACAACAUCUGCUCCAUUUAUAACCUGAAAACACGCGAGGGGAAUGUACGUGUGAGCCGUGAGCUCGCUGGACAUACAGGAUAUUUGUCCUGUUGUCGUUUUCUUGAUGACAACCAGAUUGUUACAAGUUCUGGAGAUACCACUUGUGCACUUUGGGAUAUUGAAACAGGCCAGCAGACAACCACAUUUGCUGGACACACAGGUGAUGUCAUGAGCCUGUCUCUGGCUCCUGACUCACGGUUAUUCGUCUCUGGUGCUUGUGAUGCCUCGGCUAAACUCUGGGAUAUCCGAGAGGGCAUGUGCAGACAGACGUUCACUGGUCAUGAGUCUGAUAUCAAUGCCAUUUGUUACUUCCCUAAUGGCAAUGCCUUUGCCACAGGCUCUGAUGAUGCCACCUGCAGGCUGUUUGAUCUGCGUGCUGAUCAGGAAUUAAUGAUCUACUCUCACGACAAUAUCAUAUGUGGCAUCACCUCUGUUGCUUUCUCCAAGAGUGGCCGCCUUCUCCUGGCAGGAUACGAUGACUUCAACUGUAAUGUGUGGGACACACUAAAAGCCGACCGUGCUGGUGUGUUGGCUGGACAUGACAACCGUGUUAGCUGCCUGGGAGUUACUGAUGAUGGUAUGGCAGUUGCAACAGGAUCCUGGGACAGUUUUCUGAAGAUCUGGAAUUGAAGCCUGAAGAUGUUAUUUUAACUCCAAAGUUGACUGGAAGACCAUUACAACUUGAGAAUGUUCACAGCAUCUUCUUCAACACUGUUAAAACUGACUUGGACACCACAAAAACGAAGGGAAACCAAUGCCUUUCCUACACAAAGAAGAGCACAAUUGUUUAUCACCUAGUUAAGAAAGGAUCUCCUGUGGUAUCAAAUCAGAAACGUGUGCAUUCCUUCUUGGACCAUUUUAUGUUACUUUGAAAGAGAAAACAACACUAUCAUCCCAUGCAAAUGUGUGCGUCUUGAAAGCAAAUGUUGGAGUGUAAUUGUACAAAUUAUUUAACUUUUUUUCUUCUUCUUUUUUUUUUUUAAAGAUUUCUAUUCUGAUGGUUUGUUAUUCUUGAUGGCUUUCCUUUUUGUCAUAUUUCUUUAAUGGUUUUAGAUAUGUUUGAAUUACAGCUUGUCUUUCUAAUCCAGGUAAAUCAUAUAAGACAAAUGAGAAAAACAUGCAGAAGUAAAUGCUUGGAUCAUACUACACGAGCAGCUUUCAAUUUGUCCAUGAUGUAUUUAUAUUCUAGCUGUUUUUGUUUCAUCACAGCUUUUUGCACAUGAAGCUUUGCCUCUCAACUAAUACUAUGUUAACUAACCAAGCACAUGCUCUAAGUUAUGAAUGCUCAUUCCAGUACAAAAGCAGUUACUGUACGUAAAUGAUCCAAUUAACCCCUUAAUUCUUGUACAUGCCUUUUUGACUUUUGGUGGGAAAUGGAGAUGUAGCGAGGUAGGUGCAGAGAUAAUUUGUGGCAUGGCUCGAUUAUUAUUCUAUAGCUGGGGGUUUCUGAUCUGUAUCCACUUUGAGUAAAACACCUCACCUGGCUAAAUACACACUUCCUUUGCUUGGGACUGCAGUUGCAACUCUGUGAAUGAAAUGUACAAAUCAAUGUCUGAAAAUAUUGGUCUGUUUUAAUUUAAGACAUUUAAUUUUGUCUGCCACAGGUUAAUUUAGAUGUGCAUGCUGUAGACUUGCUUUCAAUGGUGCAACCCCCCCCCCCCCCCUUUUUUUUUUUCUUUUGUUUCUUUUUUUUUUUUUUUUUUUGCCUAAAACAACAGUAACCUAUUGAUUGAAUUUAAUAGGCCAAUUUUAUUGCUCAAUCUCUACAUACAUCUUGUACUAAUACUGGUAAUGCUAUGCACCAGAGCGAACCAGAAUGAUGAAAGACUUAAACAUCAACUUCAUACUUAGUGUGAAGUAUGCUUACCAGUUCUAUUGAUGCCAAUUUUUGUAAUAAUUAUAACAAUCAUUGUGAAAUUCUAUUCUUGACAAAUACCUGUAUCUUCUUAAAAUCUUCUCCCUUAACGGAACAAACUUGCAUAUUGUCCAUACUAAAACUUUUGUACAUUUUUUUCUUGGUCUUAAAUUGAAAAUCGGAGCAUCUGAAUGACAACAUUUCACUGUAUACAGAAGCACUUUUGUUAAGGUUGUGACAUAUUUUCACUUCUUUUUUUCUGCAAUGAUGUACAAUAAAUGUGAUAUAUUCGUGUGUGGCCACAAGUGAAAAUGCAAUUCAACUGAGAUGGAUUCCCUUUUCUUUUUCCAUUAAUAUUAUAGAGCUCUGCACCCUUAUGUACCUUCUCACUUUUUGUAUUUCAUUUCAGUCUGUUGGUGUUCCACGGUGAGCUGGAUGCAAGAUAGAUACUGUACUUAAUUGUACUGUUAUUGAUUGAAAAAUGUAAUAAAAAGCUGUUUGAGA